AUGAGGCUUGCUUCGCUCUCUUUUGUGGGGAGCCUUCGUCUGGCCAUUCCUAAGCUUUCAGCGCCAUUGUGCCUGAGACUUCCUUUUGCAUACAAGUCCUUGUCCACAUCCACAAGACUUCUCCAAGCAACUGCCCAAGCCAAGGUGGAUCCAAAUGAGGCCCUUCUUCAAAGGAAAACUACCAAACAUCCACUUUCGAGAAAAACCUUUUUGAUCGACUACUACAAAUACUUGAACGACAACAAUCAAAUUGUUCUCUACGUGCAUCACAAUAACUUGGUGAAAAAUGAUACCGUCAAGGUGAGAUCGGAAUUGAAAAAGUUGGGAGUGACUAUGACAUACUUGAGAAAUUCUCUUUACAACGUCUACCUUCGGUCUGCUCACGAGGAAGACCCUGCUUUGCACAAGAACACGUUGAAAAACAAAAAUGUCAAGCACCCAUUGGCACCACUCUUGAGCGGCCCCACUGCCAUCAUCACCAUUAAGGAGUGUAAUCCACCGGUAGUUGAAAGUGUGGUCAAGCUUUUGAAGGCUCAAAACGAAAAGCUCUUCCUUCUUGGUGCCAGGAUUGAGCUGAACAUUUACAAUGUGGCCGAGGUGGACCAGUUUAAGCUGUUACCUUCGAAGGAGCAGUUACAGGGCCAGCUUGCUGGUGUAUUGACCAUUUUGGGUGGUGCUGGUCUUGUGAGGACAUUGGAGUCUGCUGGAACUCACUUGUACUUGACCUUGGACCAGAGAAGGAAGGAUAUUGAUCCCGAGGAGAAGAAAGAGAAGGAGGAGUAG